CAGCGGAGAGCCGCGGACAAGACGCCGGUGUUCGUUCAUCUUCAUCCUCCUCGGUUCAGUCGGUCUGUUAACGACACACCGUUCCACAUAACCUGAUCACCGUUAACGGCUGCUCACCGGACCGUCGAAAAUGGCGUCUAACGAUUAUUCCCAAACGUCGGCCCAGGGCUACGGCUCCUAUGGUGGAGGAGGUGGAGGAGGUGGUGGAGGCGGUGGUGCUAACCAGGGCUACGGUCAGUCCUCUGGGCAGAGUUACAGCCAGCAGAGCUACGGAGGCUACAACCAGGGCUCGGACAGCAGCUCUGGCUCCUACAACCAGGGAGGAUACAGCAGCUACAGCCAACCCCAGUCAGGAGGAUACGGCUCUCCACCUCCUAACCAGGGUGGUGGUGGAGGUUAUAAUCAUCCCAGUCAGUCCUACGGCUCUGGAGGCUACAGCAGCAGCAACCAGCCCUCCAACAUGAGCUACAACCAGCAGUCAUCCUUCUCUGGUUACAGCCAGCAGCAGCCUCCACCUUCAUCCUCUGCAGGCAGCUAUGAAGGAAACCCGCAGGCCCCCGGUUAUAACCAGCCGCCGAGCGGUGGGCAGAGCGGAGGAGGUUAUGGGAGCAGUGGAGGUCAGUCUGGUGGAUACGGCGGCAGCGGGAGCCACCAGCAACCAUCCCAACACGGAGGAGGUCACUACAACCAGCCCCCGAGCUACAGCUCCCCUCCUCCACAGAGCUACAGUCAGCAGAGCCAGUACAGCCAGGGCGGAGGAUACGGAGAUGACAGCCCACCGAUGAGCGGAGGAGGAGGCGGAGGGUACGGCGGUCCUGACGGGGGUUACGGAGGUCAGGACGGCCGCGGUGGCAGGGGCCGCGGGGGUGGAUUUGGAGGUCGUGGCGGUGGCGGCGGCGGUGGAUACGAUCGCGGUUUUGACCGAGGUGGGCGGGGUGGACCAAGAGGAAGAGGAGGCAUGGGAAUGGGCGAUCGUGGAGGAUUCAAUAAGUUUGGUGGACCAAGAGAGCCGGGGCAUGGACAUGGAGGACCCGGAUUCAUGCAGGACCAGGACAACUCUGAUAAUAACACCAUCUUCGUACAAGGCCUGGGAGACGACUACACUGUUGAAUCAGUGGCUGAUUUCUUUAAGCAGAUUGGGAUCAUCAAGGUCAACAAGAAAACAGGCCUGCCCAUGAUCAACCUGUACACAGACAGAGAGACGGGGAAGCUGAAGGGGGAGGCCACAGUUUCCUUUGAUGACCCCCCCUCAGCUAAGGCUGCCAUCGACUGGUUUGAUGGUAAGGACUUCAAUGGAAACCCCAUCAAGGUGUCCUUUGCCACCCGCAGAGCUGACUUUGGAGGCCGAGGAGGCAUGAGGGGGGGUCGUGGACGAGGAGGUCCGAUGGGUCACGGAGGAUUCGGGGGAGGCCGAGGUGGAGGUUUCCCUGGAGGCAACGGUGGCAGCGGAGGAGGUGGAGGAGGGGGGCAGCAGAGAGCUGGAGACUGGAAGUGUUCGAACCCUAACUGUGGGAACCUGAACUUCUCGUGGCGUAACGAGUGUAACCAGUGUAAGGCUCCUAAACCAGAGGAUGCUGGUGGGAUGCCUCCGAUGGACAGAGGGGGUUACGGAGGUGAGCGCAGAGGCGGGUUUGAUCGAGGCGGCUUCAGGGGCCGAGGCGGCGACCGCGGGGGCUUCAGAGGGGGGCGAGGAGGAGACCGGGGAGGAUACGGCCCGGGCAAGAUGGACGCCAGGGGUGACCGCAGACAGGAGCGACGGGGCCGACCCUACUGAACCCUCCUCCUCCUCCUCCUCCUCCUCCUCCCUCCUCCUCCCUCCCCAGAGAGCAGAGUGUCCCCCUGCCCACACUGAGCCCAGCCCUCACCUCUCUUUUCUAACUCUGUUAAACUUUGAUCCUCUUGAUUCAAUGUGGAGAAAAAUGUGACUAUCCCUGUUUUUUGUGUUUGCUCUCUCACAUGUUUUCCACAUCCCUCCGCACUCCUUUCUUCUGCUCUGUGGGGCCUCAUUUAGAAAAACUAACUCUGAAAUUCCAUCUUAAGAAAAAGAACAUUUUCUUUUUUUUACACCCAGAGUGUGAUUUCUAUCAGUCUGCCCGUCAGUCCACUUCAUUCAUGAUAGUGUUUUACCCCCCAGCUCCAUCACUGGAAACAGUGUCAUCAGUGUUAUUAUUUAUGCUCAUGACCUGCUGAACCCACCCGAUGGAAACCAAUCUGUAUUCACAGGAAUCAUUAAACGUAUUGGACUGUAGCCUGUGGCAGACAGAGCUGUCAUCCAAGUCAGAGAGUGAAAUCAAAGAUUAUUAAAACUCUGAGCUGCUCAAGAUAAAGUUCAAUAGAUAAUUAUUAUUAAUUAUCACUGACUUUGACUGAUUUGACAGGCUUAUUGACCUGGGGGAAUAAAAACCUGUCUGAUCGCUCGUGUUUUACCUGCAGACGUUUCUGCGUACAGGUGUAGUUUCCAGUGUUACUGUGUGCUCAGGUGAAAGCAGUGAAGUUAAUGAGUUAUUAUAAGUGACUAAUUAAAGCCCAGGCUGUUAAACAAUCAAUCACCCUUUAAGUUAAAUCUCACUGUCAGAUUAAUCUGCAGAUUAUUUUCUAGAUUUAUUCUUCAGUUCAUAAAAUAUCAGAAACCUGAGUGAACUGGAUUCUCGCUGUUUCCACAAGUGACGUCGACAGAAACACAAAGACACUCAGAGAAAUCAGCUGAUUCCUGUAUCUGACACUCUGGAACAUUUUUGGCUUUUUCACCCAAAACAACCCUUUUUAAGGAUGAAUAGAUUAAAAAGCUGACAGAUGCUAACGUUGCUCUGUAAAGACUUUAACGUCUGAAUAUUUUUCUGUCGCUUUGUAAAUGAGGCCCCGUAUCUCUGCAGGUGUGUUAACAUGUCUUUGUUAAAGCAGAACUCCUGUUUGUGUAUUUAUUAUUAUUAUUAAUGAGUUGGUUUUGUAUUGUGUGCACGUGUUGGUUUUCAGAAGAAAGUGUUGAUAAAACCAAACAAUGCAGCCGUGGUUCAUUCUCUCUGACUUGUUUUGAUCUCAGACGUUUGCUGCUGAGUGUCGGAGCUCAGGUGUGAGAAUCUACAGACAGGUGAUUAAAGGUUUCCUUUAAUCUG